AUGACGACGGAGUGGAAAACGGUUGCCCUGUUCCCGAUUCCCUCAGUUAUAUAUCUCAUCCACAAUAAUGUGCAGUUUGCUACACUCACUUAUGUGGAUACUUCCACCUAUCAGAUAAUGGGAAAUUUGAAGAUUGUUACGACUAGGGUACUAUUCAGGAUGUUCUUAGGUAGGAGGCUUUCUAACUUGCAGUGGAUGGCUAUUGUGUUAUUGGCUGUUGGGACAACCACUAGUCAGUUAUCUACUGUGCUUUAUGCAUUGUUUGAUAUGGAUAAUGAACUUAAAAUCAGUGUUGAGGAGUUAGAUGAAUAUCUAGUUCCGACGUUUGUUAGGGUUGUGUAG